AUGGAAAAUCAAUCCAGUGUCUCUGAAUUUUUCCUCCGAGGAGUAUCUGAGUUGCCAGAGCAACAGCAGUUAAUCUUUGGAAUUUUCCUGUCUAUGUAUCUUGUCACCUUGACUGGGAAUAUACUCAUCAUCCUGGCCAUUGGCUCCAAUCCAUACCUCAAAACCCCCAUGUACUUCUUUUUGGCCAACCUGUCCUUUGUUGACAUGGGUUUAACAUCCUCCACAGUUACCAAAAUGCUUGUGAAUGUGCAGACUCAGCACCAUACCAUCUCCUAUACUGGCUGCCUCACACAAAUGUACUUCUUCCUGAUGUUUGGUGAUCUGGACAGCUUUUUCCUGGCUGUAAUGGCAUAUGACCGCUAUGUGGCCAUUUGCCAUCCUCUGUACUACUCCAGAGUCAUGAGCUCCCAAGUCUGUGCCCUGCUGCUUGCAUUGUGCUGGGUUCUCACCAACAUAGUUGCCCUGACUCACACGCUCCUCUUGGCUCGGCUGUCCUUCUGUGUUGUUGGGGAAAUUGAUCACUUUUUCUGUGGCAUAGCUCCUGUCCUGAAGCUAUCAUGUUCUGACACUCACAUCAAUGAGUUGAUUGUUUUUGUCAUAGGAGGCAUGGUACUCAGUAUUCAUAUUAUAUGCCUUGUCAUCUCCUACAUCCACAUUGUAUCUGCCAUCUUGAAGGUCCAAACCCCUGGUGGGAGGUCCAAGGCCUUUUCUACUUGCAGUUCUCAUCUCUGUGUUGUGUGUGUGUUUUAUGGGACCCUCUUUAGUGCCUACCUAUGCCCUCCUUCUGUUGCCCCUGCAGAAAAGGACAUUGCUGCAGCUGCAAUGUACACAGUGGUGAUGCCCAUGUUGAACCCCUUUAUCUACAGCCUAAGGAACAAGGACAUGAAGGGGGCUCUAAAGCAGCUCCUCAGUCACAGGAGAAAAUUUUCUACUUAG